CAGGCAAAACAAGAGAAUCAUUGUYUCAUUCCGUGGAUCUMAAAAUCCCUUCACGAAUCGCGAUUGGAAAACCAACUUCAACGCGAAAUUAGUUGAAUUGAAGACACCGAAAAAAGUCCGUGACAAAAUGGAAGGUGUCCUACAGAAGCGAGUUCUGGUUCACAGAGGAUUUUAUGGUACGUAACACCAGCCGAAGGCAACUGUAGUCUUGUUUACCUUGUGUUUCAUCGAACAUCACCCCUCAACUUAACCCAACUCGGAAUCUGUUGCUCUCACAAACACACAACACAAUAUUUCGCCUUUUUCAGAAUAUCUGUUCGAUAACAAAAAGCUUGAUGGUAUGCAGAAAUAUGAUGAAAUCAUUUCGGAUAUCGAACCAUUGAUGGAAGAUGGAUAUAGUUUAUACGUSACCGGACACAGGUACGUCCCUUGUCGGCUGGAAUAUUUGAAAUACUUUUUUUCUAUGCUUAACUUCGGUGUUUUAAAAACUUUUACUUUUAUAGUCUCGGUGGAGCUCUUGCAACCAUGUUUUCGUUCAAGCUCGCCGGUGCCGGGAAAAAGAGAGACUGGGUACCAAAGCCAGUUUCGUGCAUCACAUUCUGCGCUCCCUUUUCUGGAACAAGUGGUUACAGAACAGCAUUUGAGGUAAGAACGAUAGUGGAUGGUGUAGAAAUUAUCUGACUGAACACGACGCUCACUGUAUCGCAUCCAUCGUCUGAUAAUGUUGUGUAGCAAAUGGAAUUGGAUGGGUUGAUCCGUGCUCUUCGCGUCAAUAAUGGAGAAGAUUUAGGUAAGUUUCCUUCAACAAGAGCUGACAUCACCCAAGUGACAUCCGCUUUCUCACACUAUUUUGCAUUGUGAUUAUGUUCGAAGUCCCUGCUAUUCCUACGAAUUCUAUUGGAAUUGGCARAAGACGAUCCAUGAAGCACACAGGUAUCAAUCUUCGCUUGACCAAGAAGGGAAUGCGUCUUCUUCAUUCCAGUAACUCUGGGUUGACAAAUGCUAUCAGAAACUCAUUUCUCAAACCAAUUUGGAAGGGUUUGACUUGGCAUGGGCUCCCAUUGGUCGAAAAACGUCUGCAGAAUAAUGCGGACAAACUUACAGCUGUGACACUUGAUGAUCUCUACAAGGACGACAGCAUUGUCAGCAGUAGUUUCAAAGAAGGCCAAGUGAAUCAUGAUGAAGAUGAAAGAGACCUUUAAUCACAGUAGACAUGCACUGCGUGCUCAUUGUGACCUCACUGUUUCGGCAUUGUGUCGUUUAUUACUAUUUUCUCACGGACUAAGUUUCAUGAAAAUGAAAGCAAGGUUGGGCCAACAUCGUUAAUUAUUUGUGGAACUUCGAUUUUUAUUGCGAAAUGUACUGGAGAGAAUGGAACAAAAAUAAUUAAUUUCAAUGGCUCUCAUAUUUCRAGAUAUCUCGGUUCUUUUCAAUAAUUUUAGUUAGUUUCA